CCCAGCUGGCCGGGCUCGUGUUCCGGGCGGGCCUCUCUUUCCAGUAGUGCUGAACCCGGCAGUGCUAAGGCAGGGGGACCGGAGAGGCGGUUGCGCCGGCCGAGGACGGCUGGGAGAGGGAAGGCGCCAUGCGGGCGGCGGCUGGCACGGCUUUGCAAGGGCUCUUCGCCGUCUACAAGCCGCCGGGCAUGCACUGGAGGGCGCUCAAGGAGACGGUGGAGAGGCAUCUGAUCAAGGACUUAAACUCCUUAAAGCGUCCAGAACCCCGUCAACAAAUAUGCUUUCAGCCCACCACGUCUGAAAUGGAGACCGGAAGGAAGGAAUUGACUCUGACGGUUAGCCAGGUUCCUAUGCUGGCUGACCAUCCUCUGGUUUCAGGACCGGUUUUUACGCAAUUAAAAAUUGGAGUGGGCAGCUGUCUGGAUAUGCAGUCCUCGGGAGUUUUUGUGCUCGGCGUGGGUUAUGGCACCAAGUUGCUCAAAGACUGGUACAACGCACAUCUUACCAAGGCCUACACCGUUAACGGCGUAUUCGGCAAAGCCACCGACGAUUUCUCAGACACAGGCAGACUGAUUGAGAAGAGCACGUUUGAUCAUGUAACACGGGAGACGCUGGAGCGGAUGGUUUCGGUGAUCCAGGGAUCCAAUCACAAGGCUUUACUGCAGUGGGCUAACCUUGACCUGAAAACUCAAGAAUCCUAUGAGCUGGCGGUCAAAGGCCUAAUUCGGCCUAUGGAAAAAAGUCCUCCUCUGAUCACGGCAGUGCGAUGCCUCCGUUUUGAACCGCCGGAAUUCCAGCUGGAAAUUCACUGCUUGCACGAGACCCCACAGUAUCUCCGUAAGAUUGUUCACGAAAUAGGGUUGGAACUGAAGACCACGGCGGUGUGCAGCCAAGUGAGGCGGAUACGGGACGGCGUUUUUGUGCUGGAGGACGCCCUACUGAGGACACAGUGGGACCUCCCGAACAUCCAGAGGGCAAUUUUGCAAGCCAAACAGAAAGUAGAAGCUGAACUUCAAAACAGCCUUGCGCACCUGAACGCUAGGGCGGAUCAUGAAAGGGACCAAAUCUGAGCCAAAUGUUGCAUUCGCUAGGAAAUUUUGCGAGAGUUCUCAGAAUAUUGGGGGCGGGGGAGCCAUACGAAACAUCCCGGAAUUCCAAUUUUUAGCUUGGAUCAGAAGGUUCCAAGUUGGCUGGUUCCUCCUCUAAAACUGUACACAAUGUGCCAAGAAUAUUGCAAUUUAAGAGAA